CAACAACAUAACAAUCCCUCAAAAUCCCAUAUCAGACAUAAAUUCUAUAACCAAUCGAAAUGGACAUCGGUAGUUUGAUGGGGUUCGAUCCGUUACUCCGCAACCUCCACUACAUCCUCGAAGCCACUGACGACAACACCACUGGAAACAAGUCCAACAACAGCGGUCCGUCUCGCGCUUACGUCCGCGACGCAAGAGCAAUGGCGGCAACCCCUGCUGACGUCAAGGAGUGUCCUAACUCCUACGUGUUUAUUGUUGAUAUGCCGGGGCUGAAGUCAGGGGAUAUAAAGGUGCAGGUGGAACGCGACAACGUUUUGGUGAUAAGCGGAAAGAGGAACCGAGAGGAAGAGAAGGAAGGAGUCAAGUAUGUGAGGAUGGAGAGGCGGAUGGGGAAGUUCAUGAAGAAGUUUGCAUUGCCAGAGGAUGCGAAUACGGAUAAGAUAUCGGCGAUUUGUCAAGACGGAGUGCUUACGGUGACUGUGGAGAAGCUGCCUCCGCCUGAGCCCAAGAAGCCGAAGACGAUUCAGGUGCAGGUGGCUUGAAGAAUUCGUAUGCGAUAUGGGAAUGAAGGAUGUUUGGUGUGUUAUGAGUUAAGGGGUUUGAAGCAUGUUCUGUUGUUUUGCUCUGUUUAUAAUGAAUCUGAUAUCAGGUGCUCUGUUUGAUACGAUAAUGAAUCUGAUAUCAGUUUUUUAAUUUGA